AUGAGUUCUUCAAACUGUAGAUUCUACGAAAACAAGUAUCCCGAAGUGGAUGAAGUUGUUAUGGUCAAUGUGCAAGAAAUUGCCGAAAUGGGUGCCUAUGUCAAAUUAUUAGAGUAUGACAAUAUCGAAGGGAUGGUGUUAUUAUCAGAAUUGUCCAGAAGACGUAUCCGUUCCAUCCAAAAGUUGAUUCGUGUUGGUAAGAACGAAGUCGCUGUUGUGUUGAGAGUCGACAAGGAAAAGGGGUACAUUGAUUUAUCCAAGAGAAGAGUCUCUGCUGAAGAUAUUGUCAAGUGUGAUGAAAGAUAUAACAAGUCCAAGGCCGUUCAUUCCAUCUUAAGACACUGUGCUGAAAAGUUCAACAUCUCCUUGGAAACCUUGUAUGAAACCAUUGGCUGGCCAUUAAGCAGAAAGUUUGGCCAUGCUUAUGAUGCAUUCAAAAUAUCCAUUACUGACCCAACCAUCUUUGAUGACAUUCAAGCUCCAAACCCAGAAGUCUUGAACGAAUUAAAAUUAUACAUUUCUAGAAGAUUAACUCCUCAGGCCAUUAACAUAAGAGCUGAUGUCGAAGUUUCUUGUUUUAGUUACGAAGGUAUAGAUGCCAUCAAGGAAGCCUUGAAGGCCGCCGAAGCCGUUUCCACUCCACAAAUGCAAGUCAAGGCCAAGUUAGUUGCUGCUCCAUUAUAUUUCAUUUCUGUCCAAGCAUUGGACAAGAAUCAAGGUAUUAAGUUGUUGGAAACUGCCAUUGAAAAAGUUACAGAAAUAAUUGAAUCUAAGGGUGGUGUCUGUAAGGUUAACAUGGCUCCAAAGGCUGUUACUGCUACUGAAGAUGCUGAGCUUGAACGUUUGUUGGAAAGAAAAGAAGCUGAAGAUAGAGAAUCUUCUGAUGAAGAAGAUGAUGAGUAG